CAUCGAAAUAACCAGCCUGGCUUGAUUUGGUUGACUGACUAGAAGCGCUGUCUUCGAUGAGUUGAUCUCUUAACAUCACCGUAGGACUUGAGCACCGUACAUGACGUGGGCUCACCUGUGUAUCGUGAAGUCCAUUUCCUAUAUAAGCCACUGUGAAUUGCCCCCUUCCCCCUUUCCACUUUCUCCAAACCCAAGUAUGCACGCACAAAACUCCAGAUACCACAAUUCUCUCAUACCUACCUACACAAAAUAGCACAAGCAGAAGCAACAACAUACCACCAAUAAAUAUAUAAAGUAUCACCACACCCCAAAAUGCCAGAAGACGACCCCCAGCCCCUAUCCGCCCACGAGAUCUCUCCCCUCCUAACCGAGAUCGCGGGCCUCGAAGCGACGCUCCCAGCCUUCGAGCCCCGGGGCCCCACGACGCCCGCGCGCUACUUCCAGACCAGCAUCCAGAAGAACCUAGAGUGGAGCCGGCACGCGCUGGCGCGGCUGGCCGCCAGCCUGCGCAAGUACGACAAGGACGUGUACAACUCGUCGCGGAUCGCGCACUACAUGACGAUGCUGCGGGGCGUGAUCGCGAAGCUGGAGAGCUAUGACCGGAGGAUCGAUGAGAUGAGGCGUGCGCAGGGCGAACAUGUGGGGGUGAGCGAUAUCUUUAGGACGACGGCGGGUGGUGGUGGUGGCGCGAAGAAGAUGGAGUCGUAUCCGUAUGCGAGCGCUGCGCGGCUGCUGGAUGGGCCGCAGCGGUUCACGUAUUAUGAUCCGCCUAAGUAAGGUACCUAGGUAGGCUUGUUCUUGCCGACUUCUCUUUUGUUGGCAUUUAUACUCGCUGUUGAGGGAGCAUCACGAGCGUAUUAUCGCAUCUAUAUACAUGAUCAUUUGACGUUGAGUUAAUUGCGCUCCACACAUCCCCUGGUGACUGGAUCGACAUAUCGUCAAAUGCCUGUGAUGUAGGAAUAUCUUUCUCUUGGUCAUAUAAUCAACAGUUUGCGUAGCUGUGGCGCUGGAUCUUACAGAUAGAUAGUUGCAAUUAAC